CGCAUGCGUACAAUUUGUUUACAAAUGGCGGCCUACUUGGUGUGCUUGACGGCCGGGGGUGGUGUCCCACUAUUUUCACGUACGAAAGGAGAUCUAAAGCCUUUACCGUUCCCUGUGAUUGGGUCUCUGAAUGCCGUGCACAUGUUUGCUGAGAACCACAAGGUCGACCUUCAGACGACCACCACUCAUGGUUCCAAGAUAGCCUGGAGAGUCUAUCAAGACAGCAUCACUCUGAUCGUGGCAACUGGUGAUGACUGUGCCGCAGAUUGCCACCUUGCCCAUCUCCUUGACAACAUCUACAACGCCAUGGUGCUCAUGUAUGGCUCUGAGGAGGUUGGCAAUAUCAAGAACGUUGAGCGCUUCAAGAAAGAAAUCAAGGUGUGUUUCAAUCUGGUGGAUGCUCUCCUCGAUCAAGCCUGUCUCCCGACCUUUUCUGACCUUACAAAUGCUCCUGAUAUCAUCGCCGGCCCUGAGAACUCAAUAUUACAGAACUUUCUCGAUGCUUUUGCCGAGGCUGCUGGGAGUCCUUAUGGCUGUUUAUUAGUCCAUGGGAAAAUUGCCGUGGCGACAAGGAAAUGGUGGAGUUUCUCCCCCACAGAACUGGUGCUGUUGUCACUCUUGGUUCCCUCCAUGCCGCACUGUUCAUCUCGCGAUGUGCCAGUCUUUCUACCUCAACUCAGCCCUACAGUGCCACAUCGCCUCCUGACGUUCCAGCUGCUGAAGCAUGUGGAGGUGUGCAUCCUGACGGGUCCAACCCCCUCACUCACAGAACUCUCACAGGAGGUGAACCGGUUCUGGAGGGCCAGCCAUGACACCCUGAAGGCAGUGAGGAACCACCAUCCCCGGAACUAUCCCCCCGCCCUGGGGCUCGACAACAACAUUCUUGGGUUUGUUGUGGUCAACACCGAGUCCCCCCGAUGUCUGUGCAGUGUGGACUUCCUGGUUGGAGAUCGGUCCAAACACCCAGACAAAAUCCUGACCCCCGACAGGAAGAGGGAGAUCCUGCGUGCCUUCUACAAGAAAGUCAUCGGAACUUACCUCUCAGCAAACAUUGAAAACAGCACAAAAGGUCCGUCUGAGUUCCCCCAUCAGGCCACAGAGACGUACGUGGUGUGUGAGUCUCACAAGUGUUAUGCUCUGCAGGAGGGGCAACACCAGAUCUUCGUCAUCUACGAUGUCAGCAUCCCCACCUUCGCUAUGCGGUCUGUCACACAGAAGACUCUCACCACUCUAGUCAAGGACAAAGUUAUGCAGUUGUGAUGCUGGCUGACGAGGGACACAGCUCUCACUUGAACAGCCUGUUUCUGGGACCAACUAAAAGUAUCAGUGUGUCACUUGGGGUGGGGAGAAGGGGG